AUGGCUGCACAGAAAUUCAUCGAGAACAGCAAUGCAGAGGCAAAGAGUGAGGACGAAGAUGCAGAAGCAGAGAACAUGGACAAGGACACGGGAAUAGAGAACGAGGAGAACAGGGACGUCGGGAUGUACAACGAGGACGGCAGGUCAGAUGUCGAGGGUAGCACAGUGUAUGUGGAUGAGAAUGGGAUUGGGGGCGUCAUCGUCGCACAGGGCACUGUCGCCAUAUUCGAGGACUCCGGAAGACUGAAUAAGGUCAGCGCAGACGGGAACGAGGUCAGUGCAAAUGUCGAUGGUGCAGAGUCACUCACAGACGUGGUCCUACUGGACAAACUCGCACAAAAGCUUUGA